AUGGAGCAUGCUGUUAAUUUGGACUCUGUGGGUUUCAUUUUUGAUAAAGAUACGUCCAUUGAUGUUGGUGUAGAAGGCAGUGGUGGUGUCUGUAAUACAGAGCAUUCCACUGAUGGUAGGGUAGAUCGCAGUGGUGGUGUUUGUGAUGAAGGUGAUCAUGAAGGAAGUGGUGGUCAGUGUGAUGAAGGUAAUUCAACCGAUGUUGCUGUAGGGGCUAGUGGUGAGGGCUCCAAUGAACACUGUUCGACCGAUGUUGGGGUAAAAGACAAUGCAUGUGAUUUGGAAAUUUCUCCUGGGUUGACUAAGUAUUGUCAUCCAGUUUGCACUGAUAGUUUGAAGCCUGUUGUUGGGCAAACGCAGGGUACAAUUCGGAAGAGGAGGGAUGAUGUUGUUGUGGAGAGACAGGUAUUUUGUAGUCGAAAGGGGUUUAAGCAGAGUAUUUAUAGUAUGCAAUCUACGUGUGUUGGUGAUGGUAAACCCAUUGUUGUGAAGAGACGGAGGGUGACAAAUAGGGUUGGGUGCAAGGCUAAGGUGAAUCGUAGUCUUGAUGCUGGCCACCAAAUGUUCAUUGCAAGUUGUGUUCGGGAAAAUAUUGGUUAUGUUCGGUCGUAUAAGCUGUUUAGGGAGAUUGUUGAUGAGUAUUCCAAUGUUGGUGCUACUGGGGUGGAUUUUAAGAAUUUCAAGUGUGAUUUGAUGGCAUACAUAUUGAAUGGUGAUGCUCAACUAUUCAUAGAUACGCUUUUUAAAAGGCGUGAGUUGUGCGAGGCUUUUGAGUUUGAAUAUGACGUUGAUGACGUUGAUCAGCUUAGAAUGGUUUUUUGGGCAGAUGCAGUAUCGAGGAAGAAUUUUGCAUUGUUUGGUGAUGUUUUAUUCGAUGCUACAUACCGCUCUAACAGGUAUAAUUUGGUGUUGUUCCAUUUACUGGAAUCGAUAACUAUAAGAGAUCCAUCACAUUUGGUGCUGGGUUACUUACGAGGGAAGACGGUUGGUGAGAAGGUUGGACCGGUUUUAGCUAAGGACGAGGUGUUUAGGAGGAAGUUGAAUGACAUUGUUUGGAACAAAUCUAUAGAUUCCAAAGCUUUUGAGGAUUCAUGGAGUCGUAUUAUGGAGGAAUAUGGUUUGGUUGAUAAUGGUUGGUUUCGUUACUUGUUUGAGUCUCGUACAUUUUGGGCAUCUCCAUACUUUCAUGAUGAGUUUAUUUUGGUUGAGUUUUUGGUGCAUUUUGAUAGUGCUAUUAGUGCACAACGACAUGCACAAGCAAAAUUGACUGCUGACUCUAAAUCUUGUUUUCCUGUUUUGAAGACUCCAUUGGCGUUGGAGAAGCAUGCAAUGGAUGUUUAUACUAUUUCUGUAUUUUAUGAUGUGCAAGUAGAGAUUUGUGAAGAUCGUGGACUUGAGAGAAUUCCUUCUAUGUAUUUGGUGUCUCGGUGGACAAAGGGUGCUUGUUUGAAGCCAAUAUUUGAUAUUGAUGAUACAGUUGUUGAUCAAUCGGCUAAAGUGGAUAAUGUUAGGGUGCUUACUAAUCUAAUAUGGUCUGAAAUAUAUGCUUGCGUGGGAUUGGCUGAUGGUAAUGUAGAAUGGUGUGGGGAUGACAAUGGGGUGGCUGGUAGCAGCAAGGAAAGUGUGAUAAAAUCAUUUUGUGGUUAUGUGUCUCAGGGGCCAACAGUGGAGGUGCGUGAUCCAAUUAAAGCUAAGAACAAGGGCAGCGGGAAGCGGAUGAAGAGUGCAAGGGAGAAAACUGCGAAUAAGUGUGUAAAGCAAUAA